AUUGUUCUCGUAGUCACGGAUGGAGAUAUUUAGAAAGGCAGCGAUUGUACGUCUCCGUAGCCAUAACGACAAAUACCUAAGCGCCGAUGAAGAUCAAGAAUCCGUUCAUCAAGAUCGUCGCGGUACAACUAAAAACACCAGAUGGACGGUUGAGAUCGUACCUGGAUCCAAUGUGAUCCGUCUCCAAAGUUGUUACGGCAAAUACCUUACCGCCACUAAUAUUCAUUUCCUCCUUGGAGCCACCGGUGAAAAGGUACUUCAAACUCUACCGGGAAAGUUGGAUUCAUCUGCGGAAUGGGAGCCGAUAUCAGAUGAUGGUAUACACGUACGGUUCAAGAGUCGGUACGGACAAUAUCUAAGGGCGAACAAGGGAGUACCACCGUGGAGAAACUCUAUCACACACGAUAUUCCUAGUCGUACGGUCACACAAGAUUGGAUCAUGUGGAGUGUUGAUGUUCUCCAAAUUCGAGUUACCAAAGAUGAUGCAGAAUCUACCCAUAGUUCUUCCACGUUUUCACGGAUUGAGUCAGAUUAUUCAUUUACUGUGAGUUUGCCACUGAAAUCCGAAGGAAGACUAAUAUAUUACGAGAUCGGAGAUGAUUGUGGGAACAUAAAUAAGGAAAGAGGAGAAAAAUCAUUGAUAUUCCAUGGAAGCGAGUUGAUAGAACUAAAGAAGAGACUUGAGGAAGAAACAGAGAUGGAAGAAGUUAUGAUCUGCUGUAGAAAUCCUCUAAAUGAAAAGCUUUGUCCUCUUCAAUUGCAUCUUCCUCCAAACAACGCAACUAUGCACAUCAUCGUCUUUCCUUCUUCUUUCGGUACUAAACUUACCUCCUUCAAAAUAUUGUUAGCAAUUAUCUAUGAUUAAAAUAUUGCUUAUAGCAUUUCUACUUUCUUUCAUUCGAGGAUUUCGAUUUCCAAUAAGAUGUUAGGUAUAUU